UUUCUCAAAAUCCAAAAAAGAAAACAUGUACUUCCCGAAAAAAGAAGAGGGAAAUUUUCAAAGCCAAAUCUCAAAAGUUUGAUUUUAAUAAAUUCCCCCGCCUCUUCUUCUCCCCAAAACAAAUACCCUCUCUCUCUCUUUCUCUCUCAGAACCCCUCUUUACUCUCUCUUAAAAAACCCUCUUUAGUCUUUCCCUCUCCCCCAAUCUCUGCUUAUCCUUCACCCCAAAUGGCGCACAAUAGCCAACUCCCCUGUGACGGAGAUGGUAUUUGUAUGAAAUGUAAACAGAAACCUUCAGGUGAAGAAGAAACCCUUGCUUGCAAAACUUGCAUAACACCAUGGCAUGUUAACUGCUUAACAUCUCCACCUCAAACCCUGACUUCUACUCUUCAAUGGGAAUGCCCAGAUUGCGAUGCCGAAAACCACAAGCUCCCAUUUUCAUCCCCGGCGGCUCCACCUGUUGAAAGCGGUAACCUAAUUGCUGCGAUUCGUGAGAUCGAAUCUAAUCAAUUGCUAACUGAUCAGGAAAAGGCGAAGAAACGGCAAGAGCUUUUGAGUAGAGGAGGUAAAUCUGGUUCAGAUCUCGAUGGCGCCGAUAAGAACAAUAAGAAAAAGGACGGGGAUAAUGAUGUUCUUGAUCUUUUCGAUGACUUUAAUUGUUCCUUCUGUAUGCAGUUACCGGAGAGGCCUGUCACUACACCAUGUGGGCACAAUUUUUGCUUAAAAUGCUUUCAAAAAUGGAUUGGUCAAGGAAAGCGCACUUGUGCAAAGUGUCGCAAUCCUAUUCCUCCCAAGAUGGCAAGUGAACCUCGUAUCAAUUCUGCUGUUGUUAUAGCCAUUCGAAUGGCGAGGAUGUCAAGAUCAUCUAAUGUAGUUGGUCCACUGAAAGUUCAGCAUUUUGUGCACAACCAGAACAAACCUGAUAAGGCAUACACGACUGAACGAGCAAAGAAAACUGGAAAGGCUAAUGCCUGCAGCGGGAAGAUAUUUGUUACGACUGCACCAGAUCAUUUUGGGCCUAUACUUGCUGAGAAUGAUCCAGAUAGAAAGCAGGGUGUGUUAGUUGGGGAAUCUUGGGAGGAUAGAAUGGAAUGUAGACAGUGGGGUGCCCACCUUCCUCAUGUUGCAGGGAUCGCUGGACAAUCAGGGCACGGUGCUCAGUCAGUGGCACUUUCAGGAGGCUACAAAGACGACGAAGAUCAUGGAGAGUGGUUCCUCUACACUGGAAGUGGGGGUAGAGAUUUAAGUGGAAAUAAACGAACAAAUAAGGACCAGUCCUUUGACCAGAAGUUUGAGAAAAUGAAUGAGGCACUUCGACUUAGUUGCAAGAAAGGUUAUCCAGUUCGAGUGGUGAGAUCCCACAAAGAGAAGCGUUCUUCCUAUGCUCCUGAAACUGGGGUUCGGUAUGAUGGAGUUUACAGGAUAGAGAAGUGUUGGCGCAAAACUGGAAUCCAGGGUUUUAAGGUUUGUAGAUACUUAUUUGUGCGAUGUGAUAACGAACCUGCACCAUGGACAAGCGAUGAGCAUGGUGACCGCCCUAGACCUUUACCUGUCAUUAAAGAAUUAAAGCAGGCAACUGACAUCACAGAAAGAAAGGAACAACCAUCUUGGGAUUAUGAUGAGGAAGAAGGUUGCUGGAAGUGGAAAAGAAGUCCUCCAUUAAGCAGAAAACCUAUGGACAGUGAAAAUCCAGAGGAUAGAAAGAGGGCAAGGAGAGCCAUAAAGCAAGCAAAAAACUUGACUGUAAGAGAGAAACUCCUCAAAGAGUUCAGCUGUUUGAUUUGUCGGAAGGUGAUGACUCUUCCGCUUACAACCCCUUGUGCUCACAACUUUUGCAAGCCGUGUUUGGAAGGUGCCUUUUCUGGCCAGGAAUUCGUGAAGCAAAGAACUUGUCAGGGGAGACGGACGCUCCGAGCACAAAAAACUGUCAUGAAGUGUCCCUCUUGUCCGAAUGACAUCUCUGAUUUUGUUCAAAACCCUCAGGUUAAUAGAGAGUUGAUGGAUGUGAUUGAAUCUCUUCAGUCUAAGCCAGAUGAGAAUAUUGAUGAGACGGAGGAGAAUCCAGAGAUAAGUGAAGAGAGUGCCUCAGAAGAGAUGGCUGAGGAUGUGCUAGAAGACGCUGAAACCGUAAGCGAAGAUUCUGAAGUAGCAGAAGAUGAAAAAGAAAUUGAGGAAAGUGCAGUUGAUAUCAAGCUUGAGCAAAGCAAGAAACGAACCAAAGUAAAUGAUUCUGGUGACAAACCUGAUGGGGUAAAUGAGAAUGCAAAAGGUGUAAAAAAAGCUGCAACUACUAAAAGUGAAACAGAAACCUUUCACACUCCGGUUGUUAAGAAGCAUGAGCAAAAGAAACAAAACAAAGUUACUGAUACAGGUGAUAAAAAUGAUGAGGUGAAUGACAAUGCAAAAGAUGGUACAAUGAAUUUAGGAACUCGUACACGUGGAACGAAAAGCUUGCAGACUCCUACAAGUGAGACUAACGCAAAGCGGGCAUCCAAGAGAAGGAAAACCAUGGAUCAUGUCUGUACAGAAAGCGGAGUGAGAACCAGGAGCAUGAGGUCAAAGGAGCCAGUGAGUAAUGGAAAUGAAGGCGGAGUUAAAACCAGGAGCAUGAGAUCUUAAUAGUUGCUAUGUGAUAGAACAUCAAGCUUUUCUUUUGAAAAAUAAUUCACCAUCAAGCUCUUUUUGUGUUCAACUAGAUGGCUUGCAUCCUUUGUUUUUUUUGGCUAUGAUCCGUCUGGAAAAACCUUUUGCAUUGUUUUGUGAAUCUGCUCAAUUCGAUUCUGCCAAUUAGUUGCAUUUUGUUAUAUGGAAUAUAAGUUGUAAUAAUCUAUGAAAAACAGUUCUUGUUAUUAAGUUCUCUGACUUGUUUAUGUCACUUAAAAUA